AUUUCCAAAACGUAUCAAGAUUAAAAAGUGCUUCUGUGGGUCAAUCUAGAUAUUGAUAGAUUUGGACUGGGAAGGUAAAGAAAGUGUUCAAAUUCUAGGUAACGUGUUUUAAGGUUAAUAAUUAAUGGGGGCCUUCCCCAGCUGAGCACCAAGAAGCACUCUGGUCUCUUUAGUUCUAGACAUUAGCAAGAAGACCUCAGACCCCAGGUGAGGCCAGAGACAUGGGAAAUCCCCUCCAAAUCUCCAUUUUCCUGGUGUUCUGCAUCUUUAUCCAGUCAAGUGCUUGUGGACAAGGCGUGGGAACAGGUCACAGGUUGGAUGCCCACAUGUGGCCCAAGAUGAUUUUUCUUUCAACCAGUGUGGUCCAGAGAAGCCAAAAAGAGCCCUUUGGGAGAAGCCUUGGAGCUACUGAAGCAAGCAAGCCAUUAAAGAAGCCAGAGACCAGAUUCCUGCUCUUCCAAGAUGAAAACGAUCACCUGGGCUGUCGUCUCAGACCUCAGCACCCGGAAACACUGCAGGAGUGUGGCUUCAACAGCUCUCAGCCGCUUAUCAUGAUCAUCCACGGGUGGUCGGGCUCAGAAAGUGCUACCGUGGGGAAAGAUUCAGACAGUGACUAUCAGGUGGAUGGCUUGCUAGAAAACUGGAUCUGGAAGAUAGUGGGUGCGCUGAAGUCCCGACAGUCCCAACCUGUGAAUGUGGGGUUAGUCGACUGGAUCUCCCUGGCAUACCAGCACUACACCAUUGCUGUUCAAAACACCCGUAUUGUGGGCCAGGACGUGGCCGCUCUUCUCCUAUGGCUGGAGGAAUCUGUGAAGUUUUCUCGGAGCAAAGUUCACCUAAUUGGGUACAGCCUGGGAGCACACGUCUCAGGAUUUGCAGGCAGCUCCAUGGGUGGGAAGAACAAGAUUGGAAGAAUCACAGGGCUGGACCCUGCGGGCCCUAUGUUUGAGGGAACAUCCCCCAACAAGCGCCUUUCUCCUGAUGACGCCAAUUUUGUGGACGCCAUUCAUACCUUUACCAGGGAGCACAUGGGCCUGAGCGUGGGCAUCAAGCAGCCUAUUGCCCACUAUGACUUCUACCCCAAUGGGGGCUCCUUCCAGCCCGGCUGCCACUUCCUGGAACUCUACAAACACAUUGCAGAGCAUGGCUUAAAUGCCAUAACCCAGACCAUCAAAUGUGCCCAUGAGCGCUCCGUGCACCUCUUCAUUGACUCCUUGCAACACAGUGACCUGCAGAGCAUCGGCUUCCAGUGCAGCGACAUGGGGAGCUUCAGCCAGGGUCUAUGCCUGAGCUGCAAGAAGGGCCGUUGCAACACUCUGGGCUAUGACAUCCGCAGGGACCGGUCAGGCAAGAGCAAGAGGCUCUUCCUCAUCACGCGAGCCCAGUCUCCCUUCAAAGUUUAUCAUUACCAGUUCAAGAUCCAGUUCAUCAAUCAAAUCGAAAAGCCGGUAGAGCCUACUUUUACCAUGUCGCUGCUGGGAACAAAAGAAGAAAUAAAGAGAAUUCCCAUCACCCUGGGUGAAGGAAUUACCAGCAAUAAAACCUAUUCCUUCCUUAUCACACUGGACAAAGACAUCGGCGAGUUGAUCGUGCUCAAGUUCAAGUGGGAAAACAGUGCAAUGUGGUCCAAUGUGUGGAACACAGUGCAGACCAUCAUGUUAUGGGGCAUAGAACCUCACCACUCGGGCCUCAUUCUGAAGACCAUCUGGGUCAAAGCUGGAGAGACGCAGCAAAGAAUGACAUUUUGCCCCGAAAAUCUGGAUGACGUCCAGCUUCACCCGACCCAGGAGAAAGUCUUUGUGAACUGUGACGUGAAGUCGAAAAGACUGACUGAAUCGAAAGAGCAGAUGAGUCAAGAGACCCAUGCAAAAAAAUAAAGAAGUCUAUUCUUUAUCUGUAAUGGUUGCCUUAUUUGGAAGCCAAAAUUACACAAAGGAUCAAUCAUGCAUCCGUUUAAAUAAAGUUUGUAUGUAAAGGA